AGUAGAGAGAUAAGGAUUGAGAGCGCUAUGGCUGGCAUGAAAAACGCAAUUCUUAGCUCAAACUCAAGACUUCCAUCAAUAAAACCUGUGGCAGCAACUGGUCCAGCAAUUGAAAGACCAAUCUAUCAAGAACAAGAUGUACCAAAGGUCGUUGCAUGGGGCAGCGGCAACUUCGGCAACAGGAAAGGAUCCCCUCCCAUGCCAAACAAAGGCUUGUCUAAGUACGUGGCUCGAUUUUGUCAUGUUAUCAAGGUGCCAGAAUUUAGAACUAGUAUAACCUGCCCCUGCGACAAUCGCACCGUUGAACACCAUGUCUCAAGGCAUGCUAUCGUUUGUGAUCACUUCAAGCGCAAGAAGAUGGUAACUUUGAAUAUCUACACCCUUUCCGAGAAUGUCCAGAUUUGCGAGAAGAGUUGAAUCUCCGCGUUAUUCGCCA